GUUCAACACGCUCUUUAGGUCCCUCAUGUACCUUUGAUAACAUUUAGAGCGAAACCAUGGCUUCGCUCACUUCUGCACAUGCCUCUGACCAUGCUCCUCAGCACAACUUCCACUUGACCCCUCCCACAUAUGACAUUUCUCCAUCCUCAGAUGCCCCCAACGUCCCCAAAUCCAGAAGGAAACGCACGAGUCCUCGAGACCAUGCUAUCCUGGAAACUGCAUACCUGCGGAACUCCAAGCCAGACAAGGCAGAGAGAGCCGUCAUCGUUAGCCAAGUGGAUCUUGGCGAGAAGGAAGUGCAGAUCUGGUUCCAGAAUCGACGCCAAAAUGACCGUCGAAAAUCGAAACCUCUGCAACCCCACGAACUUGUUGCCCAUUUGAGAACUCACACCUCAAGCCCAGUCCCAUUGACUGGUCCAACGCCACGUCCAUCAUCUCUCGCACCGAUCGAUCCUCCCAACAGACCAGCCUCACGAGCCUCGAGUAUCCAAGACCUCUUGAACCCCUCUUCAGAAGAAGUUUCCCCACGAACAGGCCCACUCUCAUCGCAGGUUACACGAGCCGCCUCCACUCCUCCCUCAAGCUUUGAACAGUCGUCGUCAUCAUGUGGUGCGUCAGGCAAUCCAGGUAUUGAAGUGAAGGAAGUUGGUCAGUGUCUUUUAGAGACUAGUAGCCAAGAAGGAAGUGCCAAAAAGCGCAGCCAUGAUGAAAUGUCAGGGUUGCACGCCAAGGAGGGCCAGGCAUGUAUCACAACAGCAACCGAAUUGCCUCCUCGAGAAAAGGAACCAUUGAAGCGAACGGCGAGUAUGGUGCGGCUGGCCAUGACCGUGGACGGAGCAGUUAAGAUUCGGACAAACAACGAACCAACCCCGUCUCCCGAAAAGCCGCGUUCGAACCCGAGCAUGCCACCAUUAGGAAAUGCCCGACCUGCAUUAGCAAGGAGCAAGAGCAGUACCAGUGAGAUGGAAAUCUUCCGAGAAUCUGGUCAAAUGCCACCCAAGCAACCUGGCUCUGGGUUUGGUCGUUCUCGUGAUUCGAGAAGAUGGGAGUUUUUCUGUGACAAUACCGCACAGGAUGCCUUGUCCAAGCAAGCAGAAGCUGAGACCAAUGGAUCUGCCAUCAGCGCCAUCCAUUUGGUCCGUUCCAACAGUUUCAAGGCACGAUCACAAGCAUUGAGCCCUUCGGUGUCCAAGAGCAACCCACGGGUGAUGUCUUCAGGCAAAGAAGAGAAACGCAAGCUGGCACGUACCAAGUCAUCGCUUGCACGGCUGCAGAGCGGAGAUGGAGUCAAGGAAAAUCCGAAGUCCAAGUCUGACGCCAGUACCAGACGGUCGUCAGGGGGAGACUCUGACAAGGAGAACUGGGCACCAGGGACUAGGGCGUCCGUCAACCCAUUGCGGAGGACCGAUCCAAGUGAAAACCAUCGACCAGUGCUGCGCGAAAACGAAGGGGUCAUUUUCCCGGAUGCCUCACCUGCAAAUGCCAACGGUACCACCAAAUCUCAAGGUCAUCAUUCCAUGUCUGAUUGGAAUAAAACAUCACCGAGCAAGGCCAAAGCGCACGGCGAAGAACUGGAUUGCAUCCAUGGUCUGUUGUCUCUCAGCCAAGGGGCUUGGAAAUAAACACAAUUUCUGGCCCUAGGGCAUCUGUUCUGUCGGUUAAAAAUGGCACAUGUUGAAAGAAAGGUGAAGCAACAAAACCCAGGAAUCUGAAUUUUGGCUGUAAAGGUCUAAUGCAUGAACACACGUUAUUUGGAUAAAUAACGCAAGGAUCUGUUAUACCUAUAUUUGUCAUGCCCAGGUCCUGAGUAUCACGUGACUAAGAGUGAUGAAACGAUAUCUAUUCAACCACUCAUUCAAGU